AUGUCUAUCUAUCUAUCUUUUAUCUGUCUCAAUCUGUUUGUUUCUGAAUCUCUUUAUUUAAUUCAUUUUUAUCUAUCUAUCUAUCUAUCUAUCUAUCUAUCUAUCUUUUUCAGUUCAUAUCUCUUUAUCUAUCCUGAUCUAUCUUUCUCUAUCUGUUCUUAUAUUUUCUUCUAUUUCAUUCAUUCUAUCAUUAAGUUUAUGUCUAUCUAUCUAUCUAUUUAUCUUUUAUGUCUAUCUAUCUAUCUAUUUAUCUAUCUUUUGUUUCUCUCUUUAUUUAAUUCUUUUGUCUAUCUAUCUAUCUAUCUAUCUAUCUUCUCUAUCUAUCUAUCUAUUUUCUAUCUAUCUAUUUUUCAUUCAUAUCUCUUUAUCUAUCUAUCUUUAUAUAUCUAUCUUUCUAUCUGUUUAUUUUAUGUCUAUCUAUCUAUCUAUUUAUCUGUCUCAUCUUUUGUUUUUAAUUCAUUUUGUAUCUAUCUAUCUUUCUAUCUCUAUCUAUCUAUCUAUCUAUCUAUCUAUCUAUCUUUUUUCAGUUCAUAUCUCUUUAUCUAUCCUGAUCUUUAUAUAUCUAUCUUUUCUAUCUGUUCUUAUAUUUUCUUCUAUUUCAUUCAUAUCUAUUUAAGUUUAUCUAUCUAUCUAUCUAUUUAUCUGUUUCUUUCAUAUCUCUUUAUCUAUCUGAUCUAUAUAUCUAUCUUUCUCUAUCUGUUCUUAUAUUUUCUUCUUUUCAUUCAUCUAUCAUUAAGUUUUUCUAUCUAUCUAUCUAUUUAUCUGUCUCAAUCUGUUUUCUUUCUUUCUUUAUUUAAUUCAUUUUUUAUCUAUCUAUCUAUCUAUCUAUCUAUCUCUAUCUAUCUAUCUUCUAUCUUUUAUCUAUCUUUUCAGUUCAUAUCUCUUUAUCUAUCCUGA